UGCGAAUCUCAUACUAAUUAUCGAAAAAUGUGAAAAUCAACAAAUUCUUUGCCAACACUUUCACUAAUUGUUGUGUUAUUUAAUUUGUUAGCAUUCCUUCAAUUUAAUUGUCUGUAAAUUAGUUUCAAAAUAUUAUUUAUUUGCUGUAAAUUCCUACAAAAAGAUCUAAUCGUCAAAAAUGUCGGAAUCCUUCGGUGUCGCCGAUUAUCUUGUAUUCCUGGGAAUGCUGUUGUUGUCCACUAUAAUCGGCUUUUAUUACGCGUGGAAAGACCGCAAAAACACUGAUGAAGAGGAGUUCCUCAGAGGAGGGAACCACAUGUCGGUUAUGCCGGUGUGCAUCUCAAUACUGGCCAGCUUUAUGUCCAGCACGUCAUUCAUCGGCAUUCCGGUGGCCGUCUACUACACGGGCACUCAGUUCUGGAUCGUAUUGAUUCCGGCCUUCCUGGCGGCCACCCUCGCCUGUGAGGUCUUUAUCCCCAUUUACUACAAAAUGAAACUCAUUUCCGUCAACGAAUACAUUCACCGGCGCUUCCAAUCGCACAAACUUCGGGUUAUGUGCAACGUGUCCGUCCUCUUGGCACUGGUCCCGUUCUUUGGCGUUGAACUUUACGCUCCGGCCGUCGCGCUGUCUAUAGUGACCGAAAUGUCCAUUCCGUCCAGUAUUGUAGUCAUGGGUCUCGUUGUGACCGUUUAUACGUCGAUGGGAGGCCUCAAAGGCGUCAUUUGGACCGACUUUUUCCAGUUCGCAGUCAUGGUCUUCGGCUUAGUCUCUGUUGCCGUCACUGGAGCGGACGUUGCGGGAGGAAUGGCAAAGGCCUUCGACAAGGCCUACCUGGGCGGACGCAUCGAGUUCUGGAACAUGACCUUCGAUGUCUACUCCAACAACUCCUUUUGGGUGAUGUUCAUCGGCUUCACGAUCCUCUGGUGCGGAACUCUGAGCACAAGUCAGCUGAUGGUUCAGCGGGCGGUCUGUAUGCCGACUCUGGCGUCGGCCAAAAAGGCGCUCUACUUCGCGAUCCCCGGCUUCCUGACAAUGAUAUCGCUGACGGUCUGCAUCGGAGUCCUGAUGUUCGCCCACUAUUACGACUGCGACCCUAUGCUCUCGGGUAGAGUCACGCGACCGGAUCAGUUGCUGCCGUACUUCGUGCUCGACAUCUUCCGCAAUACUUAUCCGGGAAUGACGGGAGUGUUCGUCGCCUGCAUUUUCGGCAGUUCUCUCAGCACUCUCUCGAGCGGUCUCAACGCCAUGGCGUCCAUCAUUUGGGACGACUACGCCAAACAGGCGCUCACUUGCAUUCCCAGCCGUUGGGGCGUCUAUGCGACCAAACUCUUGGCCGUCGGCAUCGGCUUCGCGUCCAUCGGCUGCGCGUUUGUCCUCAAGGAAGUCAAGAGCAUCUUCGAGGCCGUAAUCAUGCUCUACGGCGCGUCCAACGGCCCUAUGUUUGGCCUCUUCUGUUUGGGUCUCUUCUUCCCGUGGGCCAACUCCUGGGGCUGUGGACUGGGAAUGGCUGUCGGACAGGCCUUUUGUCUGUGGAUUACUGUGGGAUCGGUGGUCGACAAGCGAUCCUUAUUUGACGUCUUGCCCACGAGUACUGAGGGCUGUGCCGCUCAGAACAUAUCCGUCUUAUAUCCCGGCGCUAAUCUCACGUCUCUCACGCACUAUAAGCCGGCCCCAUAUUAUCCGACGGGCUUUGAUAUGGUUCACCAUUUGAGUCCGUUUUUCGUGCCGACCAUUGGUUUCGUCAUAACUCUGAUUGUGGGGAAUGUCAUCAGUUUGCUGACGAAAGGCAAUAAAGACAACCCCAUCGACAAGAAUUUGGUUCAUUUCGACAUUUGCCACAAUUUGGAGAAACUGUUGCCAAAGAGUUGGCGCCAAUUCCAUGAGAAAGACACCGAAAAAACGGACCUCAAAGACCACACCAAGUAC